AUGUUUGCCGUGGGUAACAUCUAUGUGAUUGCGGCCGUCUCCGUUAUUGGAGGCGGUCUGUUUGGCUUUGACAUUUCGUCCAUGUCCGCCAUCAUCGGCACCGAAGCCUACAAGUGCUACUUCAAUGAAGGUCCGGAGGGACCUCCUUUCAAUAACAAUAAUCACUGUUCGGGACUGAGCUCCCUGCACCAAGGAGGUGUCACGGCAGCGAUGCCUGCGGGUUCGUGGCUGGGUGCGUUGAUCUCGGGUUUCAUCUCGGACCGUCUGGGUCGAAAGUAUUCCAUCAUGGUCGGAUGUAUUAUUUGGAUGAUCGGUUCCGCCAUUAUCUGUGCUUCUCAAAAUGUGGGCAUGCUGGCCGCUGGUCGUGUGAUCAACGGUCUCUCUGUCGGUAUGGAAUCCGCCCAGGUGCCCGUCUAUAUCUCCGAGCUCUCGCCUCCCCACCUGCGUGGUCGUCUGGUCGGAUCCCAGCAGUGGGCCAUCACCUGGGGUAUCCUGAUCAUGUACUAUAUUUCCUUCGGCUGCUCGUACAUUGGUGGCCAGAGCUCCUCCAACUACAGCACCUCCGUAUUCCGCAUCCCCUGGGGUGUGCAGAUGGUCCCCGCGAUUCUCCUCUUCAUCGGUAUGAUCUUCCUUCCCGAGUCUCCUCGCUGGUUGGCUCGGAAGGAUCGCUGGGAGGAAUGCAAGCAGGUCUUGACCCUCGUCCACGGCAAGGGUGAUCCCGACAGCCCCAUGGUCCAGACCGAGAUGUACGAGAUUGGUGAGAUGUGUGAAUUCGAGCGUCGCAAUGCGGAUGUGACCUACCUGGAGCUGUUCUCCCCCAAGAUGAUCCACCGUACUUCCAUCGGCGUCUGGACUCAGAUCUGGUCUCAACUGACCGGCAUGAACGUCAUGAUGUACUACAUCACCUAUGUGUUCAGCAUGGCUGGAUACUCUGGCAACGCCAACCUCCUCGCCUCUUCGAUUCAAUACAUCAUCAACGUCGUCAUGACCAUCCCCGCCCUGAUCUGGGUCGACCGAUGGGGCCGUCGCCCGACUCUCCUGAUCGGUGCUGCCCUGAUGUUGAUCUGGAUGUAUGCGAACGCCGGUAUCAUGGCCACCUAUGGUACAGUCGUGCCCAAUGGUAUCAACGGUGUUGCCGAGGAGUCCAUGCGUCUCUCAGGUUCCUCCGCCAAGGCUCUUAUUGCUUGCACGUACCUCUUCGUCGCCUCUUAUGCCCCCACCUGGGGUCCCGUCUCCUGGGUCUACCCUCCUGAGCUGUACCCAUUGCGUGUCCGUGGUAAGGCCGUGGCUCUGGCCACCUCUGCCAACUGGGCCUUCAACACUGCUCUGGGUCUGUUCGUGCCGGUGGCCUUUGCCAACAUUCGCUGGCAGACUUACAUCAUCUUCGGUGUCUUCUUGACCGUCAUGUGGCUUCAUGUCUUCUUCCUCUUCCCCGAGACUGCCGGCAAGACCUUGGAAGAGACGACGCAGAUCUUUGAGGAUCCUCAUGGCAUUCCCUACAUUGGUACCCCGGCCUGGAAGACCCGGGUCGGCAGCAAGUCCACGGCGGCGGGAGAGCGGGCCGACAUUGAGGCUUUGGGUGAUAAGAAGUCCACUGUGGCGCAUGACGAGUCUGCCUCUUCCUCAUAG